CAGUUAGUCUCUCCAUGCAAAACUACACUAUGCUGAAACUUCAACCUUCUGUUCAGGGACUACUCUUCUUUGCAACAGCAGCUCUUGCGUUUGAGUUCACGAACGAACCGAGGAAUGUUACAGUUAUGGAACGAGAAAUUGCAUAUUUUCCUUGCGAAUACAGAGGGGCUAGAGACCUGCCGUCGUGGAGGAUCAAUGGGUCGCGAUACGCCUAUACUUCUGUCCCAUAUGGUUACAGGUCCAACUCGAGUGGCCUGGUUAUACCGCAAGUUACCAGACAAAUGAACGGUGUUUCCGUGUCUUGUGUUUUGUCAUUGGAUACGGAAGUUUUUCGGAGUAAAACUGGCUACAUUAUCAUUGUGGAUAAUAAUAUUAUAGCUGAGAAUUUAGGUCCUGCCACGGAAAGUGCAAGAAUAGAAAACCAGCUGAAUAAAGUGACACCCACUGCAAUGCUGUCAAGUACUAUUGUGGCUAGCUUUCAAAAUCCGUUUACCAGCAGCAGUUACAACCACCGCUGUUUGUCUUCAGUCCCUACAUCAACUCCAGGUCUAACCAGCACAAAGAACAACAGAGAUUCAAUAAUUGGUAACUGGACAGCUAUAAUUAUAAUAAUUAUAGGGCUGUACAUGUAUUAUUCUACAGGAUUCCUUGUUGUUGGAUUAACAAUCCUAACUGCUGUUAGCUUGAUUACAGCUUCUUUGUCUUUCAUGGUUUGUAAAGGAUGUAAGAGAAGAGCUGAAAAGAGACAAGAGCACAUUUACGAUGUGCCGUCACUGCCGUGCCGAGAUAUGGAAAUUGAGAAGAAUGUGGCAUAUGCUACUGUUCUCCCUGAAACCCAAUGGAAUGAGGCAUACGCAACGACCAGAAGGACCGACAUAGUAAUGUCAACAUUCCCCGCUACAAGAGCUGACAAUGUGUAUGAAACAGUCCACAUUUGACCAUCAAAGUGUGCAGGGAUAUUAU